AUGACCCAGUUGGUGGCCAGUGGGAAUCGAACAAUGGUGACCGAGUUCCUCUUCUCCAUGUUCCCACCUCUGCAUGAAGGUGGUCUCUUCUUCUUCAUCCCCUUGCUCCUUGUCUAUGUGUUUAUCAUAACAGGGAAUCUAGUGAUUUUCAUUGUUGUCCAGUUAGACAUGGCCUUGCGAACACCCAUGUAUUUCUUCAUCAGUGUCCUUUCCUUCCUGGAGAUCUGGUACACCACAACUACCAUCCCCAAGAUGCUUUCCAACUUAGUCAGUGAGAACAGGACCAUCUCUCUGGCAGGCUGCCUCAUGCAGAUGUACUUUUUCCACUCACUGGGGAUCACAGAAGGCUGUGUCCUGACAGCAAUGGCUAUUGACAGGUACAUAGCUAUCUGCCUUCCUCUGCGGUACCCAACCAUCAUGACUCCUAAGCUCUGCGCACAGCUGACAGCGGGCUCCUGCUUCUGCGGCUUCCUGCUUGUGCUCCCUGAGAUCACAUGGAUGGCCACGCUGCCUUUCUGUGGCUCCAAUCAGAUCCAUCAGAUCUUCUGUGACUUCAGCCCUGUGCUGAGCCUGGCCUGCACAGACACGUCCCUGGUGGUCAUUGUGGAUGCCGUCCAUGCCGUGGAGAUCCUGGCCUCCUUCCUGGUCAUCGCCCUGUCCUACGUGCGGAUCAUCGUGGUGAUUCUGGGGAUGCCUUCGGCACAGGGGCGACAUAAGGCCUUUUCCACCUGCGCCACCCACCUCGCUGUGUUCUUGCUGUUUUUUGGAAGUGUGGCCGUCAUGUAUUUGCGAUUCUCAGCCACCUACUCAGUGUUCUGGGACACAGCAAUAGCUGUCACUUUUGUGAUUCUUGCUCCCUUCCUUAACCCCAUCAUUUACAGCCUGAGAAACAAGGACAUGAAGGAGGCUAUAAAGAGGCUUUUCCACUCUCAGAAGAGAGCAGCUGUGGCUGGGAAAUAA